AUGAUUUUGGAAUUCAUAGUGGAUAAGAAGGAGCUCACUGGAAGGACGCUGCUGCCCGUGCCUGGCUACAAAGAGAAAGUGGAGUUCGGGGUGUUGGUGUCUUUCGCCUACAAAGUGGACGGAACAGACGAGGAGGUGAUCGUGGCAACAACUCGUAUCGAGACCAUGCUGGGAGACAGCGCUGUAUCCGUGCACCCCGCUGACCCCAGGUAUCAGCAUCUCAAGGGGAAGAUGGUGCUGCACCCCUUCUGCGACCGCAAAAUGCCGAUCGUCUUCGAUGAUUUCGUGGAUAUGAGCUUUGGAACAGGUGCUGUCAAAAUCACCCCAGCCCACGACCAUAAUGACUACGAGGUUGGAGAGAGACACAAUCUGGCCUUCAUCAACAUCUUGGAUGAGAACGGCCUGCUCAUUAACGUGCCCCCUCCCUUCCUGGGCAUGAAGCGUUUUGAGGCCAGGAAGGCCGUGCUGCAGGCCCUCAAGGACAGGGGCCACUUCAGAGAGAUCAAAGACAACCCUAUGGUGGUCCCAGUGUGCAGGUAA